CCCUAUUCUGACUUAUGGUAGGGAGAAGGAGAGGCUGCGUCUGGAGUAGUUAGUAAGUCUCUCAUUUUUUAUAUGAAACGUGAAAUUCUUCACCUCUUAAAGUGUGCUUUAGUUUGGGCCUGAUGUUAGAUUUCCAUGGCUCUCCAUUGCAUUUUUUAAAUGUUUGAGAUAUUUUCUAUUAGUAAUCAUUUUAUAGGUGGAGCGAUGGCUACCUUGUAGUCCAUGGUUUCUAAGUAAAUUAUUUUAUUGAGUAGUCUUCUUUAGUAUAGAUGACCUCUUUGCCAUCUCUCUUUGCUAAUAAUGAUUCCCAAUGUAUUAGUAGGUUGUACACUACUGAAAGCAUCCUUCAGAAGUUCUUAAAGAGCAGAAAACAAAUUGGGUUAGUGCAACACAGCCCGCCUUGAGAGACUUCUCUCUGAGCUGGAAUGAUAAUGACAGAAUCCCGGGAAGUUAUAGACUUAGACCCUCCAGCUGAUACUUCACAGGGGCAGGAAGACCUUCUAAUAGUGAAGGUGGAAGAAGAAGACUGCACGUGGAUGCAGGAGUACAAUCCGCCAACGUUUGAGACUUUUUACCAGCGCUUCAGGCACUUCCAGUACCAUGAGGCUUCAGGACCCCGGGAGGCUCUCAGCCAACUCCGGGUGCUCUGCUGUGAGUGGCUGCGGCCAGAGCUGCACACCAAGGAGCAGAUCUUGGAGCUGCUGGUGUUGGAGCAAUUCCUAACCAUAUUGCCUGAAGAGUUCCAGGCCUGGGUGAGAGAACGUCACCCAGAAAGCGGAGAAGAGGCGGUGGCUGUGAUAGAAAAUAUACAGAGAGAACUUGAGGAACGGAGACAACAGGUACACUAUGAAGAUUUCCUGCCGCUCCUGCAAAGAGAAGCAAUAUCCAGUGUGUUAACCUGUAGAAGAUAAUCUGCGAUUUUAUUUAUUUUUAAAAUUACUAUAUUUAUUUUUUGAGUGAC